CCCAUAAAAAUGUCUGCUUGAAAGGAUUUAAUAUUUUCCGUAAAAUAUAGGUAAAACGAAGUUAACUAUUGAUGAAUAUUUGUAGUUAGUAAGAUAAAAAAAUGGGAGCACAUAUUGAAAAAGAUAUGUUAACCUAAAUAAAUAUUGUUAGGUGGUAGUAAAGGACAUGUUUGAAAAGUGAUAGAAUAGUGUGGUGUAAAUUGAUCAAGAUGUCAGAUGAAGAGGAUUCCUCGCCCGACUGGGCACUGAUUCCAAGCAAUAAUCUACCAGUGCUCGGCAUCAAACGUCUUAAACAAAUCGAGACGAUGUUUGUUUCCCGCCGGCUGCAGGGACCUACGCACGGCCUAAGUGUUGAAACAUUGUUAGACUUGCUUCUCGUAUUGUAUGACGAGUGUUGUAACAGCAGUCUUCGACGCGAAAAAGCGGUGGCCGAUUUCAUCAACUAUGUGAAACCAGUAGCAGCAGCCUUGAAGCGACUAAGACUCUCCCGUGACGACUUUGAAUUGGUGAAAGUGAUAGGUCGUGGUGCUUUCGGUGAAGUGUGCGUUGUUAGAGCUUCAUUUAUGCAGAAUGGAGAAGGAAAUGGUGCGGCCGGUGUGACAAGCAGCGAAAGGGUGUAUGCCAUGAAAAUACUCAACAAAUGGGAAAUGCUUAAGCGCGCGGACACGGCGUGUUUUCAAGAGGAAAGGGAUGUUCUGGUGUUCGGUGACAGGAGGUGGAUAACAAACUUGCAUUAUGCCUUUCAAGAUGACCAUAAUUUGUAUCUCGUUAUGGAUUACUACUGCGGCGGUGAUCUGCUGACGCUACUCUCAAAAUUCGAAGACCGACUCCCGGAAGACAUGGCCCGUUUCUACAUCACUGAAAUGGUGCUGGCCAUACAAAGUGUUCACGAGCUGAGAUAUGUGCAUAGAGAUAUAAAGCCAGAUAAUGUUCUAUUAGAUGCCAGUGGACAUAUAAGACUUGCUGAUUUUGGAUCCUGCCUCCGUUUGGGAGAUGAUGGAAAGGUACAAAGCAACGUGGCUGUGGGAACUCCAGACUACAUAUCACCCGAAAUAUUGAGGGCAAUGGAAGACGGCCAGGGACGGUACGGUCCUGAGUGCGACUGGUGGUCUCUUGGUGUUUGUAUGUACGAGAUGUUAUUCGGUGAGACGCCGUUCUACGCCGAGUCGUUAGUGGAAACAUACGGAAAGAUAAUGAACCACGCGAGAUGUUUCCACUGUCCACCCCAGGACGAACAUGCGGCACAGGUCUCUGAGGAAGCGCAAGAUUUAAUUCGCCGGUUGAUAUGUGCGUCUGAUACGAGAUUAGGAAGAAAUGGGAUUCAGGAUUUUAAGAAUCACCCAUGGUUCAGUGGUGUGGAAUGGGAAACGGUUCGAGAGGCAAGCGCACCAUUCGUUCCCGACGUGGCCAGUCCCACUGACACGUCCAAUUUUGACGUAGAUGACACGGACAUACGAUUAUCGGAAGCUGUUCCUCCGCCAUCAGCAUCAUCGGCGUUUUCUGGCCUCCACCUGCCAUUUAUUGGAUUUACUUUUACGGCUGGAUCGAGAUUGUCUGAUCUCGGUGCGCCUACGCCGCUCAGCCCUGCUAAGAACGCUCCUAGUCAGGUAAAUGAGGCUCCAUCAAACGCGGGAGAUCGCGCCGCUUUAAAAGCGCUAGAACGCGAAAAUGCUCUACUGGCUCAAACGAUAGCUGAACUACGGGCCAGUAGUCAAGUAGACGGUGCUACGGAUCAAUUGACGCUUUUAAAAGAAGAGUUAGCGGCGUUACAGAAAAAGAAUAGCGAAUUGGAAUCUUUAACGAUAUGUGAAAAUAAUGUUAACGCUUCACCUGACUUGUCAUCGGCGCCUCAAGAUCUAGUAACGAAGUUGCGUGAGCUCGAAACAAAAUUAGAAGGAUUAAAUACCGAGAAAGAAGAGCUGAUAAAGGAUAAAAUGGACUCCAUUGAGAAAUUACGGCUACAGGAUAAAGAGCUCAGAGACGCCCUUUCACAACGUAAAUUAGCGAUGACUGAAUAUAAUGAGGUCACAGAAAAGUUGUCGGAACUUCGGCAGCAGAAGCAAAAACUAUCGCGGCAGGUUCGCGAUAAAGAGGAAGAGUUGGAUGUAGCGAUGCAAAAGAUUGACGCGUUGAGACAAGAUAUCCGACGAGCUGAUAAAGGAAGAAGGGAACUGGAAGCGAGACUUGAAACGGCUGUCGCUGAAGGCACUAAGGAGCGCAAAUUACGCGAAGAGUCCCUGCGUCUGCAACGCGUAGAAGCGGGUGCUUCGCCCUCGUCCACGCAGCCCUCUGCCGCCGCCGAUGUCGCUAAGUUGCAGGCCGAUAUAGAAACUUUAGAGGCCCAGUACGCGGAAUCUUUGGCACAACAGCAAGCGCGGUAUUCCGCAGAAGUGAACACGCUGAGGGAACAGCUGCACGAGACUGAUGCUCUACGGGCCAUGCUGAACAGAGAGAUGGCGGAGAACGGGCGUCGUUGGCAAGCGGAGAGGAGACAGUUAGAGAUGGAGUUGGAAGAGUUUAGGUCGAAGAGAGAUACAAUGCAACAUUGGGAGACACAGAUUGCAGACAUAAUAAGAUGGGUGGCUGAUGAGAAGGAGGCUCGUGGGUACUUGCAGGCCUUGGCAACGAAAAUGACUGAGGAGCUGGACUAUUUGAAGCAUGCAUCAUCGACACGAACAUCCGGACCCGUGUCACCUGGCGGGGUGACUUCCGGCCCCGGUGCUGGUUCCGGUUGGAGAAAUAGGCGGUCGCAGAAAGUUGAUAAGAUGGAGAUACUCACGUUGCAGUCGUCGCUACACUCAGAGAUACAGGCCAAACAGGCGGUUGGGGAGGAAUUGAGUCGCACGCGAGCUGAAUUGCUUGCUAGUCAGAGGGAAUUAAUGGAGACUCGUCAGCGUUUAGAUUCAGUCGCGCACGACAUGAAACGUAAAGAGCAGCACAUCCGCGACAUGCAGGCCAAGCUGGAUGCGCCGGCGCACCCACAUAACUCCUCCAGGCAGGGAUCGACGAAAUCAUAUUGGAGCGGCAAAGAAGAAAAUGUCUUGGACCGACCGCCAUCUCAAAUGAGUUACCUCGAACAGUUCUUGAAGGAUGCGCCACCUGAGAGGCAUUACGACAAUGUUAGCACUAUCAACAGUGAACAGAAGAUCUCGCCGGGCUAUCGUUACAGAAAUGUGCAGUAUUGUUGUAACGCAAAGAUAAUGUAUGGAUCGCAACAGUCCACGGCGCUGAGUGGGUCAGCUGAAUCGCAAGAUGAGAUGGAGCAACGUGCUGUUUCGCCUAUAUCCUGCAAGAGCUCGCCUAGUGAAAUGUCCACUUAUUCGUUACAGGAUCCGUCUGUGGCGCCACCUGUGACCGGCAAACAGAAACUCCACCAGUUCCUAGUAAGGACGUUCAGUAGCCCCACGAAAUGUAAUCACUGCACUUCGCUUAUGAUCGGCGUCACCCGCCAAGGAGUGGUUUGUGAACGUUGCGGCGUAGCUGUUCACACCGCUUGCUGUGCGUUAGUUGCGCCGAGGUGUCCCCUCCCCGCCGAGAGAUGUCGUCGUCCAUUGGGCAUUGAUCCCGCGAGGGGGCAAGGCACCGCCUAUGAGGGAUAUGUCAAGGUACCGAAGCCGGGUGGUGUAAAAAAGGGGUGGAUGCGGCAGUUCGUCGUUGUUUGUGAUUUCAAAUUGUUCCUGUACGAUAUAUCUCAGGAUAGAAACGCGUUGCCAUCUGUAUGUGUGAGCCAAGUCCUGGAUAUGAGAGAUCCGGAAUUUAGUGUGACGUCAGUGAAGGACUCUGAUGUCAUACAUGCAAGUAAACGGGACAUACCCUGUAUAUUCAGGAUAUCAACGUCCCAAUUGGAAGGCGGGAAGCGUUACCAUACAUUGAUGUUGGCGGAAUCUGAAUCCGAGAAGACCAAAUGGGUGGUUGCACUCAGCGAGUUGCACAGAAUACUCAAACGUAACAACUUGCCCGAUAAAUGCGUAUACAGCGCAGGAAUAAUAGUAGAUUCGUCAUCUUGGGCAGGCGUUCGUAGCGUGCAAUGUGCGUGCAUUGUCGAACGGAGUCGGUUAUGUUUGGGCGGAGAUUUUGGUCUCGCUUUAUUGGACCUCGAGCGGGGAGAAAUUGUGCCGCGAAGAUCGCACGCGCCUGUCGCAAAGUUGCAUUACGUGCCAGCCGAGCAUUUAUUAGUGGUGAUAGCCGGUCGCGGCAGACACGUCCGCUUGGUUCCGAUCCGUGCGUUAGAAUGUCCCGAAGCGGAGAGCGUGAAACUCGCAGAGGCUAAGGGCGCGGUGGAUGUCGCUGUGGGCGAAUUGAAUGCCACUGCGCAUGGUUUUGCUGUAGUUUGUAAACGACAAAACUCGUGGGUGGUGCUAGUAUAUGAAAUAACUCGCACGGCCGCAAGAAGAUACCGCGUUGCUGAACUGCGAGCGGCCGCGCCCGUACUGAGCGUACAACUUUGUAGGGGACGACUCAUUUUGGGAUACAGAGGAGGACUCGUUGCCCAUACAUUGAGGACGGACUUGGAUCGACCAGCUGUUUCGCUAGUACACCCAGAAAACCAAGUGAGCGUAUUCCUGACUCACUCUGGCGCAAGGCCACUUUGCGCUAGACCAGCUGGAACCGACUGGUUGUUAGUGUUCAGUGCUUUGGCCUUGUACGUUGAUCGAGUGGGAAUGAGGGCGAGAGAUGCCGAGAUAAUGUAUACAGCACAUCCACAGUAUCAUGCGGUGAACGACACUCACCUACUAAUAUUCACGACCUCGCAUAUUGACGUGUACGACGUCGAAACUGGAGAUUGGGUGCAAACAAUCAAUAUACCAAACGCAAAGCCCUUAGAUGAAGGCGGAUGGGUUUGUGCUGCGGGAGGUAGCGGAGGCAACGGGUUCCCAUUCUCUACGGAUACUACGCCGUAUCUCGUCUAUCUACGACCGCUCGUAACUCAGGGUCCCCUUAAUCUUGAAACGGCCACGUAUGGCAGUAACAAACGACGGUAUUCUGUGAGGGAGCAAUCUCAUCAAGCGAUCGAAGCUCAUAAUAGAUUAUCGGAGCGUCGUUCCCGUCUAAUAUCGGCGCCCACGAACUUCGCUCAUGUCUCCCAUAUGGGCCCUGGAGAUGGUAUUCGCUCUCAGAGGCUGCUAGACUUACCCACUACCUUGGAGACAGCUGAUGAUCAUGAUCAUCAUCAGAUGUACAGCAGUAGAGACAGCAGCAAACGGACCUCACCGCUAACAGUCUCACAUCCAACUGGGUCAUAUAAUGGUUCAUGGCGGUCGGGAAGAUCGAGAGAUCCGCCCACAGAAGCACCCCCCUCCCCGCCGCUCUCACAUCGCCCUAUGGAUAGGUCCGUGGGUGGUGGAUCUGCGGGCAGCGGAUCUUUGCUGGAGAGAUCCAUCACGCCCCUCAGUCUGGGCAGUAUGAGCUCGCUUCACGAUGUACUUAAGGUACACUGGUCGAAAUUCGAUCGUAACCCUAAUAUUAACAUUGAUGUGGGAACAGAGAGUAUGGAGGGAGGUCAGUCUGAUAGCAGCUGUGCCGCUUCACCCACUCACGCGCAUCACGGACAUGAUACAUGAUCGAGCCAACUAGACGCGUAUUGGGGCGUCGAUCUCUCGAAGCUGUACGCUUGCUUCUGCUGACGUUACGACGGUGACGUCACUCGCUUAUAAACCUUUAGGAGAUUAUAAUCGAACCUAAAACGUUGCCAUGACAACUUAUAUAAGUCUAUAGCGAAUGAACUCUCAUUUUGACAAUACUCUUAAAAGAGAGAUGUGACUCUUUUGUCUCUCUCGCACGUAUUAACUUCGAAAUUAUAAAUAUCAGUCUUAUGCUAUGUUUCAAAUUAAUGUCUACUAGUAAAGGAUAUUAAUUUAGUAUUAUAUUGCUAAUUAUCUCAAACACGGAAGCACGUUUACGGCAAAAUCUGCUAUUUUUACUGUGAAACUUGUUUAAACCCUAUAAAAUAUUCGGGAAUAUUCUAUAAGAUUUGAUCGGCCUUAUCACGUGGACUAAACCUAGUAGUAUCAUGGUCACAAGGUUUAUUAACAGCCAUAACCACAAACAGUACUAUGUCUAGUCCAUGUUUUAUAAGGUCGUAUACGUAAUCCUUUAUCAUUACCGAUUGUAAAGGACGUUGAAGCAUUUCAAAAUUGACAAAACACCAUCACAUAUUUGAAAAUAAUUACGUAUUAAGUGUAAGUUUUGAAUUUGACAAGGUUUAAUAGAAGACAUUUUACAAUGAACUAAUUGGAUAUGAUUUUUGUGUAUAUGUACAUUAGUUUAAUUUACUUUUGUAUAUUCUUUAUUAUUUAAAAAUUAUUUAUUUACAUCGUGUGUUAUUUUUAGUUUAGUCCAAGAUUAUUCGUAAUUUAUUCGUCUGUAUUUAUAAAGAACCGAGGUGCUACGCUGUUGUACUAAAAUUACUUAAUUAGUUUGGAUUAAUAUUAACUUUGGACCCAUAGACAUAUCGCUAGAUUUCCGUAUAAAAAGCUUGUCUAUGCUAGGCGAUUCCCAUUCUUUUGUUUCACGUAUUCAGAUGUUGUUAGAGUAGCUUUGACAUAGCACCUGAACUAUUUAAGAUAUCAGUUAAUAAUUUCACGAGUUUUGUACGGUUAAGCUGAUCUUUUUUCCUCGUGUGUUUUAUUGAGUGAACAGUGGCCCUACAAACUUUUAGGUCCGACCCUCAGAUAAGUAUCUGUUUCGUCAUCAUUUAUUUUACUUAUUACUUAAAUAGGUGAUCCUAUGCUUGACACAUGCUUUUUUGUGUCUUAUGUAGAUUUCCUUAAGAUAUUUACCUUCGCCGUAUGUACGUCUUAAAUGGGCGCAUGGACGCCCACGCGUACACUGGUAUCGAACAUAAGAUCUCGGAGAGUCGUACGUUAAGACCACUAGACGAACACUGUUCAAUAAAUCACCAAUAGCUUGAUAUGUCUUGUUAGCUUUAAGUCUAAUAAUAUGCUUCGGUAACUUACAUUUAUAAAUAUGCUAUAACGGUUAAGUUUGGUACAACAGAAUUGCUACUAACUAAUAGUUACCUACUAAUGACUAAACCCACCUUAUCAAUGAUGAAUCUUGGACGUAUUGCAUAAUAUUUUCUAUAUUGGUUCCUAAGUGUAAAAGAGUUAAUAGUGAUAUAAAUAUAAUCCAUUCAUUUGUCGUCAUGACGUUAAAGGGGCGACAAAACAAUAGACAAAGUGUAACAUAAAGCGUAACACCGUAGAAAAACUAUAUCGCAAUGAUUAAAAAUAGAAUCUUUGUUUAUGAAAAUGUUUCUCCUAUAAUACUGGGAGACCAUAACGAAAUAUGGUUUUUAUUUAUAUCAUUAUGAUUAUAAUGAAAUUAUAUUUAAAAGCGUGUGGCGAUUCGAAAGUAUUAUAAAUUUUCAACACAAUUUUUAUCUUUCAAUUGGUAUUUUUGUAUUAGGCUUAAUUGGUUUUAAGAAAAAUAUUUUCGAAUUGUCCGCACGAGUAUAACCUUCCAAUGACUCGAUAAUAAUUUUUAGUAUAGACUAUCGAAUGUGGCUUCUAGGUCAAUUAGUCUCUUAUAUUCUCUAAUAUAACCGAAAUGUGUAAAGAUUGUUCAUGACACUGUUGCGUUGUAAGCGUUUUCCCGGGAAGGUUUAGGCUGAAAAUAUUAUUCGACAUCAUUCGUCUCAUUAUUUAUCCAUUAUGGAUGUAAAAAAAACUACUUAGAUUUUACAAUAGAAAUAUGUAUACUGUAUAAAUGUUUCGUAAGCAAUUAAAUGGAAUUGAUUAGAUUUUCUCAUUUACAACGCAACAGUCGUAGUGUAAAUUUAUAUUCAAUUAUAAAUCGCUAGUAAAGUAAUUAAAGUUAUACAUGCUUGUAUUUUAAGAAAGUUUAUUCCGUAUCUAAAUAUUCACCAGUUUUAUUUUUGGUAUACUAUAAAGGUAUACCCCAAUUUUCAACUUUUAAAGUAGUGAUUCAUUUAAAAUUCUUAACGUAAACUAGGACAGUAAGACUGUCUACGCUUCCAUGUUAACCAAUUACGGUGAUCGGUAAACAUAAUAGAAAAAAAACUAUGCGCAAUUUGGUCAAAUUAAAAAAUACCUUAUAUAUGAAUUGGUACUUGUAAUCUCUUUUUGUAUAGUCAAAAUAAUGAAAUAUUAAUGCUUCAAGCUCGUGGACAAUUUAUCCCUUAAUAUAUAUAGGCUAUUAGCGGGUUUAGUGCCGAAACAAUAUAAAAUAAAACACUGCCACUUUCUUUUGUAUAUUGAGUACAAAAACCUUCACCUUCUUUUUCAUCAUUUCAUGAUCUAAUGUCAUCACGUAUAGCACGACUGUCAGUUGUCAAUGAUGUCAAACUUAUUUGAUAUAUUUACUUAUAAUUAAUUUGAAUUUUGUAUGUGUUAGCUUAAUUUUAUUCACAAAAGAAUUAUCUCAGUAAUUUAUGUGAUUAUGUAAUAUGUUAGCCGGUAAAUGUAUUAUACUUAUUUUUAAUGAUCUAGUCCUUUUUGUUUACUUUUUGUGACGUAAGCGUGUCCAUAUAAGGUUUUACCGUUUGUCAAUGUCAUUUCUAUUGUUAUAUAUUUGGGUUAAAACUUUGAACUGUCAAAAUCUAUCGAAUGUGUAAUAAUAGAAUUAUAGUUGGCAAAUGUAGAGAAAUGAGAUUUUAGAUAGGCUAACGCCAUCUUGUUUAGUGCAUUAUAAACAAAAUGGUGGCGUACCUGCUUGUGGGUUUUGUACGAUUUUUUCAUACAUUUUGCUCGUUUUCAAAUCGACGUGUAUCCAAAGAUAUGUGUAAUCAUUAUGAUUAAAUUGUAUCGAUUAUUAUUUUAGUGAAAUUAGUUUUUUUAUAAAAUUGUAUCGAAAAGAACUGAACCUAUAUAUAAUGUAUUGGUGUAACUUGCAUAGGAUCUUUAUUGUAUUAUGUAAACAUUCCUGAUUAUACUCAGUAUUUUAUUCAAAACUUGACGAAAAAAAGUCAUUCACAAAAAUUUCACAUGUAAGGAAUUUUUAUUAUAAAUUAUACUCGUUGAAAAAUUGUAUACUUUUUGUAUUCCUGUACCUUUGCACUUAUCUUUCGUAGGUACAUUAUGCUUUUAUAAUAAAGGAUUUUACAUUACUUUUAUUUAUUGUAUAAGUCCAGUUAUAACUAAAAUUAUUAAUAAAUUUCGGCUCAUGAGGCUAAUAAAAAUCGGAAAUGAUGUUUGAUCUCAAGAGUAUUAAAAAGUAAGUAAAGUCCUUUAAUAAUCUGAUUUAGUGAACGAAAUGCAAACUAUAUAUUUAAAGAAGCCCAAAAUAUGAUUCUGCUUUCCAUAACGUAAUGCUUUGAAACAACUAAUUUUACAGAUGACGCAAAAUGCGGGUCGCACAUCACACACUCUAACCUAAAAAUGAGUAAUGCAUUUCGUCUAAUCUGUGCUAACUUAGCGUGCUUUUACUAAUUUUAAGCGAGUCCAUUUCCUUGUGUUUCUGAAUGUGUUCAAAGUAGAAUAUAGCAUAUGUCAAGAAAGUAGGCUAUCUUCACUAGUGUUUUGUUUCCUAGGCAGAUUUGAGAUAGAACAGUUUUAGUACUUUGUCUAUCGCCCGAUACCUAUUUUUAAGUAUUGGUCGUAUUGUGAUUAACUAAAUUAAUUUGUUAAAUAUAGGUAUCAUUGUACUAACUUACUCGUAUAGUUAUAGAUUGUUCAACUAUCUUCCAUAUAUCCUGCUAUAACUAAAUUAUUAUUUAAAUUGCAAUUAUGUGAAAUCUCAAUACUUAAUGUACAUACAUGAAUAAAGAAAU